GAACACACCCCUUCUAUUGCUGCGCUGACCUCUGACAGCUGCCUCUCCCUGGACAAACACGGAAGCAGCAUGGCGUCAAACAGCAACAGCUCCGAGAGCCAACGAAUUGCACAGCAAAGAUUGAGGAUAAUUGCCGGGCAUUUACAGAAACAUAAGGACGGUGACUCGGGGAUUAUCGCAACAGAAUGCAAAGCUGAAGCGAAUAAAGGGACGGUGCCUAGGAAGAGGUAGGAAUUGGCGCUGGUGAUGCGGUAGCAGUGGAUGGCUAUCCUGAAAUGCUAGCUGGUAGCUAAAAGUGAUUGUCAUACAGUAUGAAAUAGCUGUUAUGCAUUUUCUUGUCAUUAAGAAACAGCAUUGGUGUCUUUUACAAACGGAGAUGACCUCCUUGGCAUAUUAUUAUUCAGACAUCUCGGAUUUCAUUUAACUAAGGAAAUUAGCCAGCUGAAUGUGCGCUAACGGUAAUGGUCCUCAAACAAAGUGUUCAUUCAUCGAAGUGGGUGCGGCGGGACUGUAUUCUAUCCAACAAUUAUUUUUAUUGUGGGCUACUUAAAAUGUGUUAUAGGAAUGUUUGAUCUGUCACCCUCCGUUGAAAUGUAUAUUGAGUUGAGGUCAAUCAAUCGUACACCAUCUCAUGUACCAUUUUGUCAUAACUUGCCAAAGUUAUGUGACCAUCACUAGCCACUCGCAGUGAAGAGUGGGCAGCUGGAGUUAUGUAAAACUAUAAGAUUAGCUUGCCAACAUUUCAAACUAUUUCAAGGUAGCCUAUUCCAUUUCAAAUGUAUAUUGUUAGCUAUAGCUUGAUAGGCUACUGGCAUUGUUUUGAUACUGACAAUAUUCUGAACAACUAGGGAAAUCUCAGCUCUGUUUGACUGACAUGACAAGAAUUAGAAGCUACAUUCUUGAACAGAAGAAAGGGGUCAUUAUAAUGGUGAUAGUUCUAUAUUCUUCUAUAUGUAGUCUUAUAAUCUCUUUCUAGAGGUUGUUUUUCCAGAUUUGGUUGGGAUUUAGGAGUGGGACACCCUCUCCCAGUCAAAACAAUGAUUGAUAGAAAUCAAAAUGGGAUAAAGUUGAGCAGGAAAACUUUCCGCCUAAAACUUGGAUCUGAUUGGCCAAGACGUGUGGUGGUCUGACUCUCAAUUCCUUAUGAGGCGAGUGGGCUGUUCAGCUUUCACAAUCAUGCUGUAGUGACAUCUAGUGUCAGAUAUGUUUAAGCAACAGGGAUGACUAGAGCACAUUUUCAUAUUUAUACUGAACAAAAAUAAAAACGCAACAUGUAAAGUGUUACAUGAGCUGAAAUAAAAGAUCCCAGAAAUGUUCCAUGUGCAAUAAAAGCUUAUUUCUCUCAAAUGUUGUGCACACAUUUGUUUACAUCCCUUUUAGUAAGCAUUUCUCCUUUGCCAAGAUAAUCCAUCCACCUGACAGGUGUGACAUAUCAAGAAGCUGGUUAAACAGCAUGAUCAUUACACAGGUGCACCUUGUGCUGAGGAGAAUAAAAGGCCACUAAAAUGUGGAGUUUUGUCACUCAACACAAUGCCACGGACGUCUCAAGUUUGAGGGAGCGAGCAAUUGGCAUGCUGACUGCAGGAAUGGCCAACAGAGCUGUUGCCAGAGAAUUCAAUGUUAAUUUCUCGACCAUAAGCCGCCUCCAACGUUGUUUUAGAGAAUUUGGCAGUACAUCCAACCGGCUUCACAACCGCAGACCGCAUGUAACCACGCCAGCCCAGUACCUCCACAUCCGGCUUCUUCACCUGCGGGAUCGUCUGAGGGGAGGAGGGGGGGGUGCUGAGGAGUAUUUCUGUCUGUAAUAAAGCCCUUUUGAGGUGAAAAACUCAUUCUGAUUGGCUGUGCCUGGCUCCCCAGUGGGUGGGCCUAUGGCUGUGCCCCUGCUCAGUCAUGUGAAAUCCAUAGAUUAGGGCCUAAUGCAUUUAUUUCAAUUGACUGAUUUACUUCUAUGAACUGUAACUCAGUCAAAUCUUUGAAAUUGUUGCAUGUCGCGUUUAUAUUUUUGUUCAGUAUUCAUUUCUAUGGCUGCGUUCACACAGGCAAUUCUGACCAAUUCUGACCUUUUUUCCACAAUCACAUCAGAUAUUUUCACAUCAGCUCGUUUUCAGAGCUGAUCUGAUUGAUCGAAAGACCAAUUACUGAAAAAUCUAAAUUGGGCUGCCUGUCUAAACGCAGCCAAACAGACUGUUUUGUAAGAACCCACCCAUGUAACAGUUUGUACAAUAGGGGCCUUGUCAUGCAUUGUUCUGGUCAACUUUACACUAUUUAACAAUGUAAGGAAAUGCCCCCAUGUUUCUACCACAAGAAUUUCAACUAUUUGUUUUGCAUUAUGUAUGGCUCUUCAUUGUGUAAAUGGAACAUAUUUGAUUGAUAUUAGUUAGCCUAUAGGAAGUGUUUGAGGCAGAGAAGUGCUGAGGUUUAUUUCAGAUCAAACCUAACUCUAGGUCAGGUCAGUUAUGCUACCGUUUUUGCAUGGUGAGUUUGAUGUCCCUUGGGAGCCAGAUUUUCAGAUUUGGUGGGAUCUCUUUCUAUUACCCAAUGGAUGGUAGUUUUAGUGCCACUAUUGUUUGAACUAUGAAAAUAAAUCAUUAGACAUAAGCUUUGCCUAUUUCCCUAGUGUAAGUGCCCCCCUUCCACCAUUUUCCAGAUUAUAAAUAAUAUUGUGGACAACUUGCAUUGUUAUCAGUAGACAUAAAUGUAACCUUAAUGAAUUUGCCCACAUUGCCUACAUUUUGUGGAAUUGCACUUGGGUCGUUCCAUGACAUAAUGUUGAUGCUACCGUCUCUUAGGACCGAAAAGAGCUUCUGGAUAUCAGAACAGCGAUUACUCACCUCGAACUGGACAAAGAUUAUUUAUUUAAUGAGUCGGACGCAAAGGAUAUAAUGUCAUGUUGCUCCCAGACAAGGCCCAAAUCUCUGUCAUUUGCAUGAAGAAAUUAAGGAAAUACAGGGGGCGGAGAUCAGGGUGCCUUGUGAGAAUUUGUUGGCGAGUGGGUAACCCGCCUCUACCAUCCGUUCUAUUGGCCAACCUGCAAUCACUGGAGAAUAAACUGGAUGAGCUCCAUUCGAGACUAUCCUACCAAUGGGACAUUAAAAACUGUAAUAUCUUGUGUUUCACCGAGUCGUGGCUGAACGACAACACGGAUAAUAUACAGUUGGUUGGGUUUUCCGUGCAUCGGCAGGACAGAACAGCAAUGUGCGGUAAGACGAGGGGUGGGGGUGUGUGUCUAUUUGUCAAUAACAGCUGGUGCGCAAUGUCUAAUAUUAAGGUAGUCUCGAGGUAUUGCUCGCCUGAGGUAGAGUACCUCAUGAUAAGCUUUAGACCACACUAUCUACCAAGAGAGUUUUCAUCUAUAUUUUUCGUAGCCUUCUAUUUACCACCACAAACCGACGCUGGCACUAAAACCGCACUCAACAAGCUGUAUAAGGCCAUAAGCAAACAAGAAAAUGCUCCUAGUGGCUGGGGACUUGAAUGCAGGCAAACUUAAAUCCGUUUUACCUCAUUCCUACCAGCAUGUCACGUGCAACCAGAGGAAGAAAAACUCUAGACCACCUUUACUCCACACACAGAGACACGCACAAAGCUCUCCCUCGCCCUCCAUUUGGAAAAUCUGACCAUAAUAUAUAUAUUUUUAACCUUUAUUUAACUAGGCAAGUCAGUUAAGAACAAAUUCUUAUUCACAAUGACGGCGUACACCGGCCAAAUUGUGCGUCGCCCUAUGGGACUCCCAAUCACGGCCGGUUGUGAUACAGCCUGGAAUCAAACCAGGGGGUCUGUAGUGACGCCUCAAGCACUGAGAUGCAGUGCCUUAGACCACUGCGCCACUCGGGAGCCCAUUGCAUUGACACCCCCCUUUGUCUUUACCCUGCUGUUACUCGCUGUUUAUUAUCUAUGCAUAGUCACUUUACCCCUACCUACAUGUACAAAUGACCUCGACUAACCUGUACCCCCGCACAUUGACUCGUACCCUCUGUAUAGAGCCUCAUUAUUGUUAUUUUGUGUUACUUUAUUAUUUUUUACUUUAGAAAAUAUUUACGAAAUAAACUCAACUCAAUUUUCUUAAGUGCAUUGUUGGUUAAGUAUGUAUUUCACGGUAAGGUCUACACCUGUUGUAUUCGGCGCAUGUGACAAAUACAUUUGAUCUGAUUUGGACCAAUCUUCAUCCUAGCAAUGAGUAAGACAUGAGGAAUCCAAAGAAAUGGUCAAAAGCCACCCACGGACCCCCCACUCCCCACACCAAGCCCACCCCAAUUACAAUAAUACAGUAUCAGUUCUCUAUGUCUGACAAGUAGUAUGAAGCUGCAGCUAGGAAUAUUGUUUCUUCAUACUAUGUAAAUUAUUCUCAGUGAAUUUGGUGAUGGUUAUUGUCCCCUGAUCAGAGAAAUUAGUCAUUGAAGUUAAGGUUUAUGUACCAUCACACAACUUGAUAUUACCGUGUUUUGACCUAGGGGUGGUCGAUAUGAACUAAAAUUCAUAUCACAAUAUUGUCCGCUGUCCGGACGAUAAUGAUAUAAUAUCACGAUAUACUGUACAAAAAAAAACAACAACAUUUUAUGAGCCCUUCAAUGUUAAUAAAUGACAAAAUAUUGCUUUUACCCUUAUAGAAACAGAAAGGGGGCAUUGCAAUUUUUUUUUUUUUUACUUCUGUGGUAAACCUGUGCAAACAUGAAACAUAAACAAAGGUAUAUAAGUUAAAUAAAUAUGCAGUAAAAUAAAAUAAAAAAAUAUUUAAAGUACUCAGGAUGUAAAGAAAAUGUAAAUAUUUUUUACUUUUUCCUGCCAAAUAUAAGAAGUGCAGUCUUUUUUCAGCAUAACACCGGUCAUUAUUACAUUUUAGUCAUUUAGCAGACGCUCUUAUCCAAAGCGACUUACAGGAGCAAUUAGGGUUAAGUGCCUUGCUCAAGGGCACAUCAACAGAUUUUUUACCUAGUCGGCUCGGGGGAUUAGAACCAGCGACCUUUCGGUUACUGGCGCAACGCUGUUAACCACUAAGCUACCUGCUUAGUUGUAAACCUUUUUUAGACUAACUUCUUCAAGCAUUAACCAGACAGUGUGUAUGUUUCUCAGUUCACCAUGUAACAAUUCACUGCCUCCCUCUUCACAAGUUCCGUUUCAGGAACACCAGCCUAUUGACAGCUUCUGGCAUGUGACCACAUUGCGCCCAGUGCUAAAUGCUCUCUGAGGGCGAACUUGUGGCAGGGAUCCAUAAGUAUUUCUUUGUCAGACAACUCACUUGUGGGAAGUUGGAUGCGUGAACUUGCCACCACUCCAAAGGAUCAGCCUCACUGUCUGCUGCCAUCAUCAGAGUGUAGCGGUCCAGCUCUUGCUCGAUUACCUGUCUCUGGGUUCUUAAGGCAGGUGCACUACUGGUUUUCUUAAAGAAACUCCCAAGGCCCUUCUUGGACUUCUUUGCUUGUUGUGGAGCAGUGGCAGCUUCUUUCUCUCUCUCACUCUGGUCCUCUUCAAGAGAGAAGUCCCCCACCGCUGUGUUCCCUACCAGGAGGGCUUCUGUCUCGGAGGCAGCUCUCACCUUCACCUACACCAGCUUCUCAGUGGUCAUGUAGGUGGUCUUGAACCUUGGGUCCAAAAAGGUAGCCAUGCUGAGCAGCUCAUCUGUUUCAGGGUAAGUGUAUUUGUCAUUCAGGUAAUUGAGGACCCUCAUCUUAAUCUCUCGGGUCAGUUUGGCUUCGCCCUCAUUUGAUUUCAGAACUUCCGUCUUGAACAAGUGGAGGACCAGCUUCAGAUAGGACGCACUCACGUAUGUCUCUCCUGACAGGGCAUCUGUGAAAUCCUGGAAGGGUUUAAGUGCUGCCGUGAUAGAUUCAAAGACCUCAAUUUCUUGCUAGGAGGGUGCAAGGUGCCGUGUUUUUUUGUCUGCUGCCAGGACUUGUGUGAUGGCCUUUUCCUGCUCCAGGACUCUUUCCAUCAUCUGCAUUGGAGAUCCCCACCUUGUCGGGGAUUCCAUGAUGAGCUUGUGGAGGGGCAGGCUCAGUUUUAUCCUGUGCACUUGUCAGGGCCUUCUGCUUCUUCCAACUAUAGGAAAAUGUGCUGCCCACUUUCUUGCACACUCCUGUGGCCCGGGAAACCCGAGGUUCGUUUUGAACACUUCUCUCUGAAAAAUAAUGAAUCACAAUUAUUCAAUAGAAAUAACAUUGCAUCUGCUGUAAUUACAACCAUUUACAGCAUGGACACUGGACAUGAUUACAAAUGUAAUCCAUCUAUAGAUUUACAUACAACUGUUGUGAUUUAAGAGAGCUAUGUUGCUUUAGAAAACGGGAUAAUUUAUUGAGUAGGCUAUUUAUUAUUGAAAGAGAGAGGAUAGAUUCAAUUAUAUUGAAACCAUAGGCUAAUGUAUCAAUUAUAAAUAAAAGCAAUGUAAUCCAUUGAAUGUUUGGAUAUUGCACACAUUGACAAAUAUUAUAGAUUUGCAUAGCUGUAUAUAUUCGGCUUAACGUAUAAGAAGGAUCAGGCAGUGUAGUCAGCUAUAACUUUAAACAGAGGAGAUAAGGAAAACAAUAGUUAUUCUGCAUUUUAAGUUAUGUUGUUUUUAAGUUACGUUAUAAAAAAAAAAAAGUGUUUUGGAUGUUGAAACUUACCAAUAGCAAUGUGUAGUCUGUGUCCGAAACAUCCUAGUCUUGUCCAUUUGUUCAGCUCCAAUGCUUUGACCAUGUUCGAUCCGCUGUCGGUAGUCAUACACACUUGACGCGACUCUUUCAAGCCCCAGGAUGAAAGGGCCUCCCUCAGCCCAGCUGCAAUGAUUUCUCCGGUGUGGUCGUCUGGGAAAUAAGAGGUCUGAAGGCAUUUGCUUUGCAGCUUCCAGUUGUCGUCAAUGUAAUGAAUCGUGAGGCUAAUGUAUGGCUCUGUGGUCCGGCUUGACCAUAAGUCGGCGGUGGUAGAGAAGAAUGCAGUGUUACGGAUUUCGUUGGCAUCUCUGUCCCGACAUUCUGUGUAGAGUUCUGGCAGACAUGUUUUGCUGAAGUAUUUACGACUCGGGAUCUCGUAUCUUGGGUCUAGAGUUCGAAUCAGCUUUCUGAAACCGUCUUUCUCCACAGUUUGAAUUGGUUCCAUGUCUUUCUCUAUGUGAUAUGUAAUUGCACUCGUUAUCUCAUUCCACUUCUUGCUCUUCUUGUCAUAGGGAGUACCACUAACGAAUGAUGCCUUGAGUGAUAGCUGAGUGCGGGUCUGGCUUGAAGAUGUCUUGGGACUUGCGCCGCUGCUCCGGGGGUUUGUUGCACACAUUCUGGUAGAUUCUUCAUAUUCACGCACAUGCAGGGUUUUCGGGUGGUGAAAAAGAUUGCUGGUGUUUCCACCUUUGGCUAGCACAAUGCGUUGACACAACUUACACAGUACUGUUUGUUGGUCGGGGUCGGAUAUCUUAAAACCAAGCAUUCCUAACGACAGAGGAGGCCCCCUUUUUUUGAACCAAUUCUUUGUCGUCCUGCAAAUCAACCUCAAUAGUGUUAUUCUCCUUGUCUUCAGUCAUCCUCAAUGCUUGCUUACACUUUUGCGCUUGAUUUUCGGACACUUUUGCUAACGAAAGGAGUUUACUUCACUAAAUGUUUGCUUACUCUGCAGUUGCGCAUACUUGUUUGUUGACUUUGAUUAGCAGGCAGAUUGCGUGUAACAUCUAUGCUUCUAGUUUUUUUCUUUGCUAAAAAAGGCUAUGUUUUUAGUAAAAGAUAAACAAUUUGAACUAGCAAGCAUCAAGUCAAACAACAAGUAAAUGUUGUGUGCACUACGUCAUCACACACUGAUUUUUAUCCGAAACCAAGUCAGUUUGAUGGAAACACACCACUGGUGGGAAAAUGCACAUAUUUUCUUUAAUGCGGAUUUCAGAAUAUUCUCAUAAAAAUCUGUUGCCAGUUGGAGGGAAAGCUAGCUACAGGUGCAAAGGGAGUUUCCAGUGACAUAUUCUGACAUUAAGUUUGACUUGGUCCUUGGGAAACCCAUUGAUGAGCAUACAAUGGUGAAUGUGCGAGCACCUGAUUUUCUAGUUUGCUGAUUUGAUGAUGAGUACUGGAUUGGAAUAAAUUGUUCUAACUGUAAUGCUUCACUCUACAUUUAUAAAUCAUUAUAAUUUGAAGGUUCAGUCUUGACACCUUUUUCAACAAAUAACAGAAACAGCACCACCUAGUGGUCAUAACCUGGUAAUAUCAACCAAACAACUGAGAAUACAUUACACGGUAUGAAGAAACAAUACUCCUACCUCCAGAUUCAUACUACUUGUCAGACAUAGAGAACUAAUACUGUAUACUGGUUGUUGGGGUGGGCUUGGUUUGUGUGGUCCGUGGGUGGCUUUUGACCUCACGUCUUAAUCUUUGUUAAGAAGAGGUUUGGUCCAAAUUGGAUGUUAGGUACUAUAUUUAUUGAAUAUUAUAUGAAUCUUAUACAUUUGAAAUUGCCAAUUUGGGUGCAAUCAAUUAGCGUAAAUAGUUUUUCAACAAAACAAUGUUGCAGGAAUGCUUAUCUUCUCUAAUUACAGAAACGAUUUCAGAAUCUGAGAUGGUGGGUGUCGAAUUCCUCUUUCUUGUGCUUUUUGAGGUGGAACGACUCACUUGUCACUGGAGUGUAGGAAUGUUGUACACUUCAAAGCUGAGCUACUGGUCAUUGUCCUGCUGGAAUGUCAGUCUGGAGUUGACUUACAACCAAUACAUUGUUUCAAAAGGCAUUUUAAGGCCAGUCCUCUUAACAGACCUUCUAAAAAAAAAUGAUUCAGAGCUUCUAAAACAAGUCAGCCAGUGCCAAUCUCAGGAAUAUUGUCUCUUUCUGUUGGAAUAACUUGAGUGCAGACACAAAAUUACGCUACCACAUGAAUAAGGUUUUGAACUAGCCUAAUGUUUUUGGUUAUCAGCAUUUUCUUAUGCUGUGUGUAAUAUUUAUAACAGUACUUUCAAAAGAUUCCCCCAGCUCUCUUAGGAUUAAUGUUAGCUAAGGGACAGAGACCAGACCACUGUUGCUUCCAUUUAAUUGCACAAUAAAUUCAUUAACCUCUGGACAGCCGUAUUCGGCUGCUUGUUGAUGCGUGGAGUUGUGUCAUCGUCCAGUGUGAUGACAGGAGAUCACACAGACUGGCAUGGAGAGUAUGUCUCUGUCUCAUUUCCCAGGCUCCUCAUAAUUUACACUGCCUGGCUGUUUGGCAGGCAUUCAUCAUGGUUUUACUCCACUGUGUUAGCAUCCCAUCACGUGUACCAACGUGAGUUAUGGAUCCCUUCUAGGAGUAGUGGCCUAUUUCAUCUGUCUGCUGGGGAAAUCUUGAAUCAUGUCGUAUUAUAACUUAGUGAUUUCUGAAACGCAUUCCCUUAGGAUGAGCAUAGUGAUUUAACACAGAUGAAGAAGCACAUUACUAAACUGUCAGUGUUUAAUUAUGUAGUAGAUAUUGAGAUACUAAAAUUCUGCCUGACGUUUGAGUUCAGUGCUCAACCCUGUUUCUUGUAUCCUCUUCCAUGAUUAUCAUUAGGCCUAUGCCCACAAUGUUCCUUCCUUUCAAAAUCGUUUUAGGAGGAUAUCCAGUUGUUGGACACACCUUUGGUAAUGCAUAUCUAUGGUAUGCAUCAUGAUGCUUCCCCCAUGGAGUGUCAUUGUUGAAAGGAAUGUCCUUAAUGACAUGAGAUCUAAGCCACACCCUGACUGAUUGCUGUUGAUGAUAGUGUUUGAAAUUAACAGGUUUUCUUCCCCAACGUUACUGUGCCAAUAGGCUUUUACCCCUAUAUGCAUUUAGCAGCGGCGCACCACUGCUGCUAAAUCGUGGCAGUCACCCCCCCCCACCGCUAACUCUGCCACCACUGCUGAUAAAAGUCCUAGGGGAAACACUGCCAGUGGUUGGCUGUGUGCAGUACACAGGGGAAGGCCACCUUUCAGGGACUACACCUAGGUGUGACUGCAGCCUCCCAGACUGCAAAUAUGCUUACUGAUAGCCAUGUGGAAAGCCUGUUGAAUAACUGAUAGCAAAAUGAGGGAACACUACAUUUCCCCAUUGCAAUAGUUGGAUAAGUGGCAAAUAGACCACUUAUCCAACUACUACGGUUUGCAACAAAAUUCUGACAUUCUGACAUUUUCAUGAGGUGCAAGGCCAUGGCCUUCUAAAAGUGCUUGCUUGUAGUGUCUUGCUGCCUUGAGAUUUUUCUCCUGUGUCCUCCUUUGACCUCAGAUAGCAUUAGUACAGUAUUAGCUGGUAGUACUGUAACACAAUAAAACUGACUGCAACUGUUUGUUUCCCAAGGCAGGAGAUUAUGAAGUGGAAUGGCUGGGGGUACGGUGACUCCAAAUUCCUCUUCAACAAUAAGGGUCAAGCAGAAUUCACAGGCAAAAGGUACAGUAUACUGUCCCAACAUUUUCAACCAAUUUUUUUACUCUCAUGAAGAACAUAUUCAAUGUUCUUGUGUAUUAUGAUCUGUAAAUGUGAAUGUAUCCAUUAUUCAGUGAUAGAAUUCUCAUUCUGGAUUGCACUCUCCACUCCACUACAUACUACCUAAAACCUCCCCCUCCUCGGGUCGUCACUAGUUACCACAACCACAAAGUCAAAAACCCUGUCUAUUUCUACAAUUUAUCUGCUUAAAAUGUGAUUUUAAAUCUAACCCAAACAUUAAUCACACUGCUAACCUUAAGCCUAACCCUAACCUUAAAUUAAGACCAAAAAGCACAUUUGUGUUUUCAUUCAUUUAAAUGAUAUAGACAAUUUUGAGUUUGUGGCUGUGCUAUCUAGUGAAACCCCCUCCUCGCGAUACUCAUUUAGAGUGGGGUGCUAGUGCCAUCUAGUGGCUGGUAUCUGUAUCCUACAUAUCUUGCCUCAAUUCAGUCCCAGACAUAUGAGGUCAAUUAGUGUUAUUAUCAGCUGUUUGAAACUCCCCAUUGGAAACUCAGAUCAUUGCCUUGCAUGGAAUGUCUGUACUUCUACCCCUUCACCAUAGAUAGGCUAACUGGUGCUUUUUGUUUUGUGUAUGUCAACAGUUCUCAUAGGUGGAUCAUGGUUGGAUGUGUACAAUCUAACAAUUUUAGAAAUAUGCUGAAUGCUGUAGGAAAUUAUUACUUUGAAUCCCUGUGGGUGUAGAGAAACCUUUUAACUCUACUCUCUCUCUCUAGUGACUGAGGAUGACUUCAGUACACACAGGCAGCAGAAUGGAUCGCUCUUUUCUUUGGCAGUUUUACACCUUUGUCUAUCUCACAUUAUAGAGGCAGAGAUGGCCUUAUUGGUUUUUUACUUGUGAUGUAUGGUUUAAGAACAGAAAGCCUUGUCUGUCAGACUUAAAUCAAAGGGAUCUUGUAGACUCUGUACUGUAUGUAGAGCUGGGUUUGUGUAAUGGGGGGAAUUAUACAGGAUGCUGUGCAGGAAAUGGGUCCUCUGUUAUUCUAUGUUCAAAAUUGUAUCAACCACCUCUUUCCAUUCCGUGCUUUCUCUGUUGAAUUAUUUUUGGCUGCUACAUAUGCGUGGCUGGAUGGAAGAAAUGAAAGUCAAAGAGAGAUGUCUCCUCUUCUCUCCUCCUGAGAGAUUUCUCCUCCUCUGUGACAGAGGCUUUUUCAUUAAGGAGUGUGUUUCAUGGUCUGCUGGACAAAGGCGGACUACAGUCCCCUGAUGUGCUGCCCUCUGCUGUGCCAGCGGUUCAAUUAUUCAGCGGCUGGCGUGACGGGGACGGCACGGACGGCACGGACAGCGCUGUCAUUGGGCUCGCCUAAUAAACUCAUUCAGCUCCAACCACCACACGCUGACUUCAUACCAAUGACAGCCAGACAGUGUUUUCUGUAUAUAUUUCAGCAGUUCCCAGCAUAAGUUAUGUUUACCGAUUGGGUCUGGUGGCAAAUUGUGACGGGUAAUUUCCUUUCUUCUAAUCCUGUGUGUUUCUGUUCAUUGCAGGUAUAGGCUGAGCGGGAUGAUCCUGCCCAGUUUGCAGGACUGGUUUGAAAACACCUUUGGCGCCAGUGUGAAGCAUAAAAGCCCCGCGACAGUAAGUGUCGUUAUUUCCAACCCUUGUCUCCUGUUGGUUUGAAUUCCAAUGACUGCAGCAGUCAGUUAAUGGCUCCUCCUCCUCCUCCUCCCAUGUCUUUGUCCCAGCCUGCCCUGAAUGCCAGCGCUGUGCCACUGCCCAGUCUGAACGAGGCGUUCGUAGAGGACCUGAAGGCCACGGGCAUCCCCUUCUCCCAUGAGGCUGAGGACAGGGUGUUCCGUGCCCACGGUGAGGCAUGCUGGGAAGGCUCUGGUCCUCCAGGGGGAUGGGAGUAGUCUGGAGGGUUCUCAUACAGGCACUGUGUGAAUGUUGAGAUCAUGAUGCCGCCUCUAUUUUUACACAUGCAAAACAUAGGGAAAAAAGCUGCAUGAAUCAGAGUAAACUGUCAAGUAAUUAAAUUAUAAAUAUCACACUAAUUUUACUGAUCAUACAACCAUAAUUGCUUUUUUCGUAGUAUAUUAAGUAUAUUACAUUUUUUCACUCUUAUGUUAACAGGUCAUUGCUUACAUGAAAUCUUUGCUCUCAGACAAGGGAAGAAAUUUGAGCGGGUUCCGGACAUGGUGGUGUGGCCAAGUGAGUUUUGCGGCGCUACUAUUGUAAAUGGUCCUUGUUUUUUUUCCUUCCCUCCCACAUUGCAUUGCUUCUUUCCAUCUUGGCUUAGGUGAUUUAAAGGGUUAAUCUCUGCAGAGGCGUAGGGAUAUUAAUAUGUAUGAGCGGAGGCUUAAUAAGAAGCGUCAGGGGGAGGGCGUUUGAUACCCAAUACACCACGGCCGGGCCCAGCACAGUACCCCCAUGAAUUACGCCACAGAUUGGUUCACUGCAGUUAUGGCCGGCACUAUUUUAUCAUGUAAAUGAGUGUUGACUUAUGGCUGAAACUUGAUUAGCAGGCUCCCAAAUGGCCAGCAAAUCACGAAGCUCCUGUAGCAGCAUUCAAAUUGGAACGUCCCCUGGUUUUCUAACUCUCCAAAUCCACACAAAAUUGCACUCCCUCUAGCCUCAGUGAUGUAAAACGUGAAUUCCAGGGUAGUUACUUUAGUAUGGUUGUAUAUUUAAGUGGAAGGUUGUUAGUCUUGUGAACUCUUAUACCCACACCAAAGCCGCCCUUUGUUUAAUUGGAUGGCAGAGUGUGUUGGAACGGAUACAUUUUUCAUUGGCCAGCGAGGGAGGGCUUGAGCCCAGUGAAGCUGAUCCAUGUAGGUUGAUAUUGCUGUUCUGUCUCUUCCCCCUCACCCUCAGUCACUCAGCCAGGGGACCAGUGUGAAUGGACAUGGGAGCUGGGAUUGGCCAGAGCACCUUGUCCGUAUUGAUCCCCCACAUCCCACCCCAGAGACCUGGGCUUCAUGCUCUCUGGUUCCAUCUCAGGAAUGCCCCCAGCCAAAUCAGAGCCAUCUUCCCCCAGAAGCACCCCCUGGCCUAUCCCUGGCUCUCCCUGGCCUAUCCCUGGCUCUCCUCUGCUCAAAUGGCUUAGGCCUUAUGUGAAUGUUUAUUGUUUUCCGGAGGCUGAUGGUUUAUGUGGCAUUUCUUAUUCCCUUUGCCACAUGAGUACUCUUGUUAUCGCCCUAACACUAAUUUAUGGCUGUGUGUUUUAUAUAAUGACAUGGGAUAAAAUGUCCAUCCAAAUAUUGUUGUGGUAUUCUUUGCCUGCGCAGACUGCCACAACGACGUGGUGAAACUUGUGGAGCUGGCAUGCAAGCACAAUGUUUGUUUGAUACCAUACGGCGGUGAGUAUUUUACAUUUUUGUAAACUCAAUAGUACAGUUCAUUAUAAUAUCUGCUUUUUAAUGUUUUCCAAACUUAAUAACUGAUUUUAGACCAGAAUGAUUAUGAUACUGUAUGCCAUGUCUUGACCAUAUGACCUGACCAGGAAAAAGUAUACUACUAGGGCCCGGAGUUUUCCCCUGUUCAUGUGACAUGCUCAGGGAAAACUCCAGGUCCUAACCCUAACUGCUCUCCUGUCCUCCCCCAGGAGGCACAAGUGUGACCAGUGCUCUAGAGUGCCCCCCGGAGGAGACUCGCUGCAUUGUCUCCCUGGAUACUUCACAGAUGGUGGGGAAUCAGAGCUGCACAGCUGCACAUAUACAUGCAUCCAUACAGAGAUCUGCUCUGCUCAGCACUUUGUCUCAACACAACUUACUGUUUUACUCAUUUAUAUGACAGUAUAAUGUCUUGUAUAGUAAGAUUAACUGACAAUAUAUAGUUUAGUAUGGACAGUAUUAAGCCAGGGACUAUUUAUUUUAGAUGUUAGAGCUCCUAUUGCUGUGAAUGUUGGAAUCUACAACUUACUAUAGAUGUGCAGACAGGAAAGCUAGCGGUCAGCAGAGGAUGCUCCUAUAUCCACAUCAAAGCUUAUUCAGACUUCCAGCUGAGACUCACUCUCUCAUUAUCUAACUUUGGGAGAAUCCUGUAGCAUUAAUUUGCCAAGCUGUUCUCAGAGAAAUUACUGUUAGUGAAGGAAACCCAAUAGGAAACAGCAUUUAGUAGCAGUACUGUAUCACAGCGCUGUUGGACAACCCUCUGCCCAGGUGAUAUAUUGGCAGUCUGGACAGCGCUAGUCCAGCAGUCACUGAGGGGGUGACGUAAAUACUAGUGACCAGUGCACUGGGUCAAGGGUCACGGGGCAUAGCGGGUCUGAGGGAGGCACAUGAAAGGCUGUGUAUGACAGCAGCAGACACUUUAUUACCUCUGGAGAAUGAUUGAUGUCUCUGUGAGGGGAGCUCAAGCUGGGCCAGGAGGUGCCUGGAGAGCCUGAAACGAGAGGGGGAUUUGCUGGAUUGAAUGUUAAAAGGAGGUUAACCUUUUGGAAUCUAUCUGACUGAUGCUGUGUCCUCCCCACGGCCUAGUCCUCUAGUCACGCCAGCCACAUGUGUGCUGCAUCUCGCUGGUGGGAGUUGCUACUGAAAUACUCCCCCCGCGUCUUCAACAAUUACAAGAGCUUGGCUGUUAUUCCCUUUCUCAUUGGUAGAUGUUGUGGUCGCCACAGAAUCUGUAUUUUCCUCACAGUUGUUAUAAAAUGCUGCAUGCUGACCUGUUUGGGCUUAAGACCUCAACAACUGGAAUGUAUUUUAAGGCAGUAAUUCAAUGGGUGAAGGCAGAGUUGGAGUACAGUGAGGACAGCCAUGGGUAUUUGCUGUCAAUGCAACUGCAUUUGAAUAAAAAUCCUCUCCCUCUUAACCUUUAUCAGAUACAGAGCCUGCUUUUCACUUGGGCUGAAGUCAUAAGGCGUUGAACAGGAUUUUAUUUUGUUUGUUCUAGUGGUAUAAACGAUCUAAGCAGUGACAUUUUAUGACCUCAUGAGUUUUGUCUUUGUAUCUGCAGAACCGCAUAUUGUGGAUCGACGAGAAGAAUUUAGUCGCCCACGUUGAAGCUGGCAUCAUCGGUCAGGAUUUAGAGAGAUUAGUAAGUGUCUUGACUUCGUCAGUGCUCAAAUUUCUAAACCAUUUCUUACCCAAUGAUUUGCCAUGAAAGCCUCAUGUCAUUAAGAUGGUAAGAUGGCCACGAAUAAACUCCCAUCCUUUCACCUGUGGGUUAGUUGUUUACUGGGAGUACAGAGAGACCAUGCUAGGCAGGUCUGAAUGGCAGAAGAAAGGGUAAGUAUGUUCCACAGCGGAGCAGUGAAGGGUAGAGGCUCGGGCGAUGAGCAGAUGGCACCAUGAAGCUAAUUCAGAAAAAUGGAGAAGGAGCCAGUGUUUGAUGUGGAGGAAUGCGUGUGCUGCAUCUCAAACAGGCGCCACUUUUGCAUAUAGAGAGAGGCCAUUUUGACUGAGCAGAUGGCUCAGCAUUGAAAGCUGCCUGUCGGGGAGAGCAGUGCCAUAAAGCACACGGCCUGACUCUCCUCACAUCACCUGGAAGAGAGGUGUCAUUAGAGCAGACCUGGCCCUGCCUGCCGCAGGGCACUCAGACAGGGCUCUACAGGUUUAUUACCUCAAAUAUCUUUCAGCAUAGAGCCAGCCCAGCCCACCAUCCAAAACUAUUUUUGCUACUUCACUUAUUUUUUUGUGGUAGGUUUAUUUUAGACCGUUGUAAAAAUGUAUGAUGUCAUCAAGCUAAGAAUCUGAACACAAAAGCCCCUAACGAGCCCUCUAUUGAAUCCAACAAUGGAAGAGGAAUUUGUUUGUCUCAAGCUGUUUGGUUUCAUAACAAAUUGUGGUUUAUGCAAGCAAGUUCUUUUAACCACCUACAGUAUGUGCUGCUAUGAAUACUGAUGAGUGUACUUCUGUUGUUCUCUUUCCUCCCCAGCUCAACGAGAGCGGCUACUGUACGGGGCAUGAGCCUGACUCCAUGGAGUUCAGUUCUCUGGGCGGCUGGGUGGCCACUAGGGCAUCAGGCAUGAAGAAGAACGUUUACGGCAACAUCGAGGACCUGGUACGUGCCCGCCCUCUUCUCUCUAACGAGCUCUGAUCUUACUAGGAGACUGAACAGGCAAAAGAUUUGAAACUGAAAGGCACUAAUUAGCAACUUGCACGUGAAGUUGCAGGUGCGGCCGUCAAAACCUUCUGUAUGGGAACCAUUCUAUUUGUUUUUCCUGGGAAGAAGCCUGCUUGCUUUGGUUAAGAUCUGUCAAUGGUUGACAGAAUGUAGCCUUGAAUAUGACCUCAGCAAACCCAGGAAGCUCUUGUUUUAAACUCUAACCUGGAAAUUCCACUACUCUCUGCGGUUAUUAAAGUCAAACUUAGUGACUUGAGCUGCCAUCUUGAUUGUCCUGUGUGCAGGUGAUCCACAUAAAGGUGGUGACCCCUCGAGGGGUGAUGGAGAAGAGCUGCCAGGGACCACGCAUGUCCACUGGGCCAGACAUCCACCACUUCAUCCUGGGCUCAGAAGGUAAGACUCGCCUCUCCUCUCGUGGCUCAUGACUGCAACAUGAUAAAAGUUCACCCUAUCUGCAUGAGUUCACGCGUGUGCGUGUGUGUGUGUGUGUGUGUGUGUAUAAUGUGAUAGGGGUGUAGUAGUAACACGGUACUUCUCAUGUAGCGGCUCAGGUUAACUUUAACCAGAGUGGGAGAAGAGAUCUAGCCAAGAGAGAGGGCUAUUGGUUUUGGGGCCUCUGUGCUUCAUGCCUGCCCACGCCCCCACCUCUUCUGCUCCCCUGUCCUUGUGAGAGCCCAGUGAGAAUAGUGCCAUAUGCCAGGUUCCCACCCCCCACAUAAAGAGGAGGUGCAGGGACUCCUGGCACUGCAGUGUUCAACAGCUGUGGGUACACACGCUCAGCGACGCAUUGCAAGCUGCUCACUGACUCCACACUGGGGCUGGGCAGAGAUCUCCAUUUGUACUCAUUAGAAUGGUUUUUCGGGAUACUUAACGCACAUCUGCGAAUGAAAGCCUAACAACAUGUAUUUAAUUUAGUCCAAUCAACUCUUUUAAAUUACCUUCAAUUCAGGGACACAGAGAUUGAAAUAAAGACUAUCGUAAUCGUUGAAAGGGGAGAAUGGGUUGGCUCAGAUGUGCCGAGUAGUUGUUCCUCAUCUAACUGGUAUUAGGCUUGAGUUUUGGACCUAUUUGAGCCUGGUGCCUACUGUGAAGCCAGCCCCUGUUAGGUAGGAGAGGAGACAGGACCACCUUGUCCCCAGUCUCAGACACUGUGUGGGCACCUGGCUGGGCGGCCUGCUCUGCUGCUGGAGCUGAGAGAGAGAGAGGUCAUACCUCUGCUUGGUCUCAUUACAAUAUCUCCCCCUGCACACGCAUCCCACACGCUGACACUAGUCCACAACAACAGAGCCUAGCACUGGAACCCAAACACUGCUCUGCAUGUUAAGUGGCCAGGCAUCUAUUUCAAUAAAAAUGACUAAGAACCCUCUUCCUCUUCUCAUUCCACACACAGUAUCCCUCCUCUCGCUAAUCUCCCUGACCUUGAAGUGACCUGAAUACCAAAGUAUUUCCCUCUGCCCUUCUCUAAGCAGUGUGAAAAGGGAUUGAUUGGAAUAAUCAAUAAUAAUCAGGUUUCUGUUUCAAAGCCAUUGCCAAUGUUAUGCAGGUGUGUGAAGCAGGCCAGCACUAAUCGCAUGUUGUGUGGAGUUAAUGUGAUGUGAAACUGCCUCCUUUGACUCCUUAACGAGUGGCCACAGGUUUCAGCAGCAUGGCAUCUCACAUAUCAGGCUUGUUCACUGCCGCUUUUUUUCCUCUCUGUGAUAACAGAACGUAGGAAAUAGGUACUGCAUGGUGCUGGCUCCUCUGUUGGAAGGGACAUCUCCUCUAAACAACCCUGGUUAUAGCGAGGUUAGCGAGGGCUCAUUUACAUAGAGGAUUGCGGUAAAAAUGGCUCUUGCUGUCCCACUCGCACGCGAUACGGUCUCCCCCUCUGGAGUUAGUGUGUUAGUUGACCUUGCUGAGAGCGUUGUGCUGGUCCUACCCAGCCUCCUCUCCUUUCUCUCUUUCUCUCUCUCUGUCUCUGUCUCUGUCUCGCUCUCUCACUCUCGCUCUGUCUCUCGCUCUGUCUCUCGCUCUGUCUCUCGCUCUGUCUCUGUGCUCUGGGUUCUACCUCCACUCCUCCACCACAGUGUGGGUGUGACGAUGCCCCUGAGAGGAGGCCCAGGGUAUGUGCAGAGGCGUGAUGAUGGAGUCACAUGUUCUCGGUUGGGCCACUAGAGAGCAGCAUGUGGCAUGUAGUGUCACAUUAAAAGGCUCAUUAACGGCCUUGGCAUGCACAGGACAGCCCCUAAUGGAUAUGGCUGUACAGACUAUAUGUGUCAUCUCAAUGGGACAACACUAAUGCACAUUACAUGAGUCAAGUACACAUUUACAGAAUUACAGAUUAAUCUAAAGGAAAAAGUCCUGUAUUUGAGAUUUCAAAAACAUUUUACAUUUUAGUCAUUUAGCAGACGCUCUUAUCCAGAGCGACUUACAGUUAGUAAGUGGUAUUAGAAGUGUUAUUGAUGAUUUCUUUUGAGGUAACAUUAUUGUGUGAAUUCAGAGCGAGAAUAGGCCAAGACAGUGUAUGGCUCAACUUGACCUGACAGUAUUUAAUUAUUGUGGAUAUUUUCUCAAAUUAGCCAACGUUCAUAAACACUCAUUAAGCCGUUAGCAAGACAUCUGUGUUUUUUAUGGAAAUAGUAAUUAAAGACAAUAUAUUAAAUAAACAUCACAUUUUGAUUUCCACCCGCAGAAUUAUAAACUGGUGCCUCGCUGAGGUUAUCACUAUUUACAGUGUGAUCUCAUUAAGAUAAAAGCUUUAUUAGAAUCCGUUCCACCGUUAAGGUUUUAUAGAGCCAGUUACUCCAUCUAUACUCUCCAUGGGAUUUGUAAACGGCACUAGGCUAAACAUAAUUCCUUUAUUGGUGCGUUUACUGCAUAGUUUGGCCCAUUAGUUGUCCAUAUUUUGCCAAUUGGGAGUCCGUCCAUUCAAAUUGUCAUCCAUUUCUACAACAUCUUGUUCGUCUUUCUGAAACACGGGAAAUGGCGUGUCUGCUUUGAUAGAGAACUUUCCUUAAGGGACAUGUUUGCGUCCCAAAUGGCACCCUAUUCUUUCUAUAGUGCACUACUUUGUACCAGAGCCCUAUGGGCACUGAUAAGAAAUAGUGCACUAUAAAGGGAAUAGGGUGCCAUUUUGGACAUUGCAAUUCUUGCUCUGGGCAGGGAAAAUUCUACCUGCAGGUAAUAGAAGGUGGAACAUGACACGUAAAGCUGCAGACACAGUGGAUACUUUGUGGGGUCAGGGGUUAGCUGGGAACCCUGGGCGACAUGUAAUGUGCUCCUGGUGUUGGCCUUCCUUUGAUAUGGACCUGUUUUAUUUCCUCGAUAAAUCUCAUUGGUCUCCUGUGAGCAGCAUGAAACCAGAUCACAGAGGUGAAAGGUGGCACAUAGGUCACCACCAAUGAUGUGAUGGUAAAGACACUAGGUGGGUAAACAACGUUUACAUGUGGUUACCCUCCACUACACCACUGGUCAUCACCCGCCCAGUUAGUUAAGUCAGGCAUUAAAGCUUCAAUUAUGUAGCACAAUCAAACCUAACCACAACCAAUGUCAGGCUAUUGUUUUACAGUCAUUCUUGUAUGAGAACCUUGGUUUCAAUAGUAUGCGCCCCUGUGUUUUCCACUAGGAACUCUUGGUGUGGUUACUGAGGUAACGAUGAAGAUCCGGCCAAUCCCAGAGUACCAGAAGUACGGCUCAGUGGUCUUCCCAAACUUUGAGGCGGGAGUGUCCUGCUUACGAGAGGUUGCCAAGCAGGUAAAGACCAUUACCAUCUUGUGUUUGUACAAUGUACCUAUUGCGAAUAGGUUACAUUAUAAUAACAGUGAGAACAGUAGCUAAACUAUGCAGGUAUUGAACAGUGCAGAUCAAUGCUAUAUUGUAGUGUAAAAACAAAGUGGUCAGGUUAUGUUUGGCAGAUCUCCAAAUCUGGGAAGGAAUUAAUUUGAAUGAUAAUGAAGACCAUAAUAACAAAUAAGUUCCUCUGCUUGCUCUGACUGGGUAGUGCUGAUGCAACCAUUAUUGAUGACUACAAUUUGUGCAGCUACGUUCGUUACAGGAAUUAGUUGAGUCGGUACAGUAGUAUAGCGUAUAGCACACAAUUAAGGUAUCGACCAUUGAGCCUUGGCUUUUCAUGGACGUAUCCACACACUACCAGGAAUAUCUGCUCAUGUCUAUAGGUUGUGUAUGAUUGUGAAACAAAUGUUAUUUCAAAGUCAUUUGAAAGGUUUUUCUCUAAAUGACGAAACGUAAUGCAGGUUAAACUUUCACUAGGAAAAUUAGUAGAAUAAUGUGUGGGAUGGGGAAAUGUUUACAAAAUAAAAUUAAACAUGCUCCUAAAUUAAUUCUUUUUUCUCCCAGAGGUGUGCACCUGCAUCCAUCCGGCUCAUGGAUAACGAACAGUUUCAGUUCGGUACGUCAACAUCAUUCAGAACCCUGCCAUUUCAUCUCUGCAAAGGAACCUUUUGAUAUACAUUGUGUACAAAACAUUAGAACACCUUCCUAAUAUUGAGUUGCACCCCCAUCCCCCUUUUGCUCUCAGAACAGCCUCAGAUCGUCAGGGCAUGGACUCUACAAGGUGUUGAAAGCGUUCCACAGGGAUGCUGGCCUAUGUUGACUCCAAUGCUUCCCACCGUUGUGUGAUGUUGGCUGGAUGUCCUUUGGGUGGUGGACCAUUCUUGAUAACCAUGGGAAACUGUUGAGCGUGAAAAACCCAGCAGCGUUGAGCUCUUGACACAAACCGGUGCAUCCACCAUACACCGUUCAAAGGCACUUCAAUCUUUUGUCUUGCCCAUUCACCCUCUGAAUGGCACACAUACACAAUCCAUGUCUCAAGGCUUAAAAAUCCUUCUUUAACCUGUCUCCUCCCCUUCAUCUACACUGAUCGAAGUGGAUUUUACAAGUGACAUCAAUAAGCUAUCAUAGCAUUCACCUGGUCAGUCGGUCAUGGAAAGACCUCAUAAUGUUCAUAAUGUUUUGUACACUCAGUGUAUCUUUGUUUAACAUGGGAGCUCAAAGUGAAGUAGUAGACUAUGCUGUCUGGCUCCACACCCUGCCUGUGCUGUGUGGCUGACCUGGUUUUCAUUUCUAAGUUAUUCCCUCUAGCCCCCUCCACAGUCCACUAAAAUGUAAAAGGCUGGGGUCUGAGGAACAUGCAGCACGUGCCUUCUAGUGAUGGGGGAAAAAAGUCGAUACAGUUGCAUAUCGGGAUAUUAUUUUUCAUGAAAUAUUGUAUCGUUUUGACAAUAACGCAAUAUUAUUUUUGCGCUAGUUGGCUGGACCUGCACCAAAACUAUUUAUUUUCAGCACAUUUAUUUCCAUGACUGAUCAGAACUCGUUUUCUCAUGACUCUCGUCCCUCUGCAGCAGACAUAUGGUGAGGAAUAUGUUUGGAACAUCGAAUCGCAAUAAAAUCACAGUAUCGAAUCGCAAUACAUAUAGAAUCGUGAUAAUCACAAUAUAUAUCGUAUCGGCACCUAAGUAUCGUGAUCGUAUCGUGAAGUCCCUGGCAAUUCCCAGCCCUAGUUCCUUCAUAUGCCAUAUCUUUCUACUCAGAGUCAUUGUCUUUUGAAAGUAGUCUAAUUCCUUGAAUCUGACAUUCUUUUUAAUUGCCAUUUGGCCUGGUUUUGUGUGAGGCUUUUUUCCCCAACUGUAAUCCAUUUGAGAAAAUAAUAUAGCAUUGGCAACGUUUCUUCAUGUUUGCUUUUGGCUCCCUCUGCUACGUUGCAUUAAGUUAAAUUGAUCAUUAUUUCAGCAGAGUAGCUAGCUGCACACACACGACUCGUGGAUUAAAGCCCAAUGAAAAAUGACCUUGGCAACAAUUAAGCAGUUGUUAUAUUGAAGUUUUACAUUAUUGUUUCUUGAGGUCUGGUGGAAUGUAUCAGGCGUUGGUGCCAGACAUCUUUGUAAAGUUCUUCAGUCUCCUGGGAUCUCAUUAGCCUCCUUAUAUUCCCACUUUUCACCGAGUGAGCACUUCUUAGCAUUAAGCAGGCAAGAUGAAGCGACCAGGUUUCUCACUAAUAACUGAACCUCAGUCCGGACUGAUAGGAUACCUUCUUGGCCUUAUUAGUGCCUUCCCAGCAAACCGGGAACAUUCCCAGGACAUUAGCUAACAUUCCCAUUAAGUUCUAGUUAGGAUUUUAUCUAACAUUAGGAUGAUAACAUCCCAAAACAUGCAAAUAAUGUUGUUGGUAACAAAAUAUUAUUGGAAUGUUCUAGCAUUCACUAAAAUGUUGUGCACAACAUCUGUAACAACCACCACAGAACAUUCCCCUAAGGUUUUUAUUAGGUUUCCAGGUAAUGUAACAAAAUGUGUUCUGUGAAUGUUCUUGCAACAUCAGGCAAAUGUUUUACACAAACAUUGUAUAAUCAUCAGCACAACUGGACAGUUUUUGUGUUUUGGGGCAACCUAAUGAAUGUUCACAGAACCUAUUUUUGUUUGCUGGGUUGUCUUCCCUUUUAAUCACCCUGGCUGCUGAGUGAAGGGAUCUGAUGUAGUCCCCUGUAGCUCAGUUGGUAGAGCAUGGCGCUUGCAACGCCAGGGUUGUGGGUUCGUUUCCCACGGGGGCCAGUAUGAAAAUGUAUGCACUCACUAACUGUAAGUCGCUCUGGAUAAGAGCGUCUGCUAAAUGACUAAAAUGUAAAAAAUGUAAAUGUAUUCAAUGGGCCUGCUCAUUUCAGAAUAUACAAUGUACUGUAAAAUAUAGGGGUCACUUAUCUCAAUACGCUAGUUAGAUGAAAAUGGCAAGUGGUAUGUUGGCCGUUGACAUGCAUUAAAUGCAAAUGAACAAAAGGGAGAGGGGGGGGGAAUGACACACUGUAUGUGUAAUCCCCCCUCUCUCUGGUCGUUGAGUAUUUAAUUAAUGAGCGUGAUGGCUGCGGGAGACCUAAAGACCCAAAAUCAAAUUUGGAAUGGAAACAAUUGGAACACUAAGUGAUGAAGAGACUGUGAGACGGAGGGGAAGAAAUGAAGUGUUCAGUCUCCACAGAGUCACCCAGGACUCUACCCCACUGUGAUUGAUAACCAUCCCAUCAGCUCCAGACCCUCAUUUUAGCUUGUCCACAGGCGCUUUGUGUGUCCGAUCACGAAUAAAUCAAAACGUGCGGUGGCUGAGGAAGACGGAUAUGGCCGUGUCAAGCCCACUUCCCCUCGGAAACCCACUGAUUUAUUGUCCCUGUCGCAGGCAGCCUACUGGCCACUUGUAAAGUUAUUCAAAUGUUACCAUUUAUUUUCCUCCCUUUGUUCCCACACCCAAAUAAAUAUGACUUAGUUGCCCUGUUAGAGUCCUGGAGGAAACAGGCAGGAGAUGGGUGGGCUAAGUGUGACCAAAUGUGUGAAUAAAUGAUAUCGGUGUUUCCUCUAAACUGUAUUGUCCAAAAGAGGAAAGACAGAGGUCCACUUGGUUUUGAGUUGAGGGACUUGACCCUUCUGUUUCUACAGGUCAUGCCCUGAAACCUCAAGUGUCGUCCAUUUUCACAAAUUUUGUGGAAGGGUUAAAGAAAUUCUACAUCACCAAGGUAAUUCUUAAUGGUUUGGCAGAAAUACUACUCCUCAUUUCUCUCUUGUCAUUUGUACUUUCUGGAAAGUGUUAAACAAAUUUUACUUACCUGUUUUUCCCAGUUCAAAGGAUUCGACCCCCACCAGCUGGUUGUUGCCACCCUGCUGUUUGAAGGGGACCGCGAAAGGGUCCUGCAGCACGAAAAACAAGUUUACGACAUUGCUGCAAAAUUUGGGUAAGUAGCCCCUCACCCCUAUUUCAUUCUCUCAGGUCAGUAGAUGUUACCCAACAUGUAUCCUACAUUUGUGAGGGUUAAAUUCCCCCCUUUAGUCUGGAAGACUGUCUUCAGCACACAGGUUGCAUUCUAAUCAGAGAACACAUACAACACAUGACAAAACCACAGUUGGUACUUGGUACACUCCUCAUUGUGAGAAAUCUGCCUUAGGCCUUGCUUGGAGGCAUUCCAUUGCCAUAGUGGAGGAGCUUGGCCCCUCAUGCUGAAGGUGGUGUGUUUGAACCAAUCUAAGACCAAGUAUAAAGAGCAGUGUGAUGGAUCACCUGUGGCCGUCCUCCUGUCAGGCCUACUUUGGUGAUGGGGGGGUGGGGGGGUGGAGGGCCCUGGCUCUUCUGAUUGAUUGUGAGGCAGAUCAAUAGAGGCCUUGGUGGAAAUAAGUGAUCUAUCAUCCGGAAAGGGAUUCUAUCUCUCUCCAUUCUGUAUGUCUGCUCAUUAACUACAACAGCAACAAACCUGGGUUCCUCAUAGUUCUCCUACAUGUUCAAUUCACCUGCACUCGUGGAAUUCUGGAAACAUUCCUUCACUCUUGUAACAACCCUGUAUACAACUGAAAGGCCCAAAAUAAUCGAUAUAUAUACAAAAGUGUGUUUGUGUCCGUUUUGUGGUCUGUAGUACCCCAGAGGUCAGUGAGUAGGGACUUGGUGAUGAAGCCGUGCUGUGAGGCCCAUGUCUGAGGUGCCUGAGGGCCUCCACACUGGGCUGGGGGGACCCACCCUGCCCGGAACCACACGGUUCCACACCAUUACAGAGGAAUCGGAGCAUACUGUAGAAAAUAACUCACUUCUUCCUUCCCUGAACACACCUCAUCCACUCUGCUCCUAGUCAUCAUAAACAAACCUUUCAUGAAAACACUGGACCCAUGAGAAAUACCGUUAUUGUCUUGGUGACCCUAUGGAUUGUGUAUUAGUGUUGCUCCUUGGCCCAGUGCACAGCUUCCAGUCCAUUCCUCAGGUCACUGGCUUAGUGCCCUCAGGUAAUAUCCUGACCAAUUCAUGAGUUUAAUCAUUGAAAAGGCCUCACCUACCAGGCAGUGUGUUGCGUUUUGUUUUUCCAUUAUUUCAAAUCAACCGUCAUCAACUGUCGAGAGCCUGUGAUCGAUUGGGUGGGUCUGUAAGGGAUACUUUCUUCUGGUUUUAAGAAAUAAGGGGAGAAAAUAACAGGUAAAUCAAUAUAGUGAUUUCUUAAUGAGCGCGUCCUGAUUAGUUUGGGUAGUAGGUGAAAAUUGUGUUACCCACGGCGGGUGAUGGAUGUGUGGGUGACCCGCAGGGAGGCACAGAGCGGCAAUCAUUGAUUUGAACAUUGUGGCAGUGACGGGUGCUGACGGGCAUCACAGGCAGCCGUGGUCAGGGAGAGAUGACAGGGCCAGAAAGGAACCUGUUAAAUAUUAACCCUGUUAUCUGUUUCCAGGGGCCUGGCAGCUGGAGAGGACAAUGGGCAGAGAGGCUACAUUCUGACCUUCGUCAUCGCUUACCUCCGGGUGGGUCAUUACUCCCCCUGUUCUCCUCUAUUCUCCCAUACUCUCCCAGUGUCCAGAGACAGCUAGGGGAGGGAGGGGGAGGGGGGCACUGCUAAACAGGGGCAGAUGGAUGGAGACCUCUGUCAGCUGAUAGGGUAGAAGGAACAUACACACAAAGGCUGCAGAAUGUGACCUCAGAGAUAUCUGGCCUCUGUUCAGUCAGGGAUGUCAUGUUGUCAUUCAAGGAAUCUUGGCAUGAGCAAUUGACAGUGAAAAGCGCAGAUUUUUUUUACGUAAAUUGUGAAACACUAGCUAUGUUGUGUGCCGCUUUAUUUGACAUCCAAUAAUAGUUAUUUUAUUAUAGAUUGUCCCCUUCUCAAAUCCAAGCCAUUUUACAUUUGUAUUUGUAUUUUCUUUUAUUAACAGGACUUGGGGAUGGAUUACUACGUGGUCGCAGAAUCAUUCGAGACAUCGGCACCUUGGGACAGGUAAAGACAAAGUUGGUAACUUGUUUAACCUUUGUGAAUGAACGAGUGUCUCUGAACUGGUGUGACAAUUCGACAUCACUCUUCCCACACAGUCAGUUUGAAGAGCCCCAAAGACAAGUAGCUCAGCCCCCCUCUCCCUCUCUGACAUUCACCUUCAUGCCUGCCUUCUCCCUCCAUUAACUGGCUGUGCGUGGGAGGGAAGACGGCCUCCUCAGCCCCAGCCUGACACUGUGCUGGGGAGCGAGAGGGAAAGAGAGAGAGACACGGCCAGUGUGAUGCGUUCAUGUGUGUUGCUGGAUGUGAGAUUUAACAUGAAUUUCCAACAUACAGUGUUGGAAAUUCAGUGUAAAAACCUUCCCAUUAUAUAACCACACAGUUCUUCCCACACAUGCACAAACAUGACUAACUCCCUUGUACCUUAAAGCGAAAUCUCAGGAGAGACACACACGGACACAGACACACACACGGACACCAACAUACACGUGUGCUCAGCACCCCACUGUGUAGACUGCCUGAUGGGGGUUAGCAAGGGAUCAGGCGUGCAGGCGAGCAUAUGUUCAGGGCUCAUUACCCCUCUUCCUCUUCCUCCUCCUCCUCCAUCUCUCCACACUCGGCUGCACAUGCCUGGGAGUGACGGCCAUUAGAGGCCAGAGUGAGCCAGUCUCUCCCAGCUACAAAUACCUAGCACUGCAGUCUCCAUUCUGUCCGUCUCUCUGUCUGUGUACCCCAACUGUUCAGGGCCAGAGGCCUUCACUUCACACAACUCCGACAGCUCAGCUCCACCUGUCAUACUGUGUUAAAUCAUGGGGUUGUGCACCCUAUUCCCUAUAUAGCAAUGCACUGUGUAGGGAAUAGGGUGCCACUUGGGUCUCAGACAGGGCUUUCAUCAUGUCCUAACAUUCUUCUACUCUUCAGGAGAACAUGUUAUUGAGUAUGUUUCUUUCUCGUGUUGUCUUUCUUCAGGGUAUUGGACCUUUGCCGGAAUGUCAAAGAGCGUAUUAACAGAGAGUGUAAAGAGCGAGGGGUCCAGUUUCAACCCUUGACCUCAUGCAGGUACGUUUAGGAAGAGACCUUUCAUCUGUCUUGGUUCCGAGCUACAACACACUUGCUGACAUUGUGGAGAUCAUCUUAAAAACGUCUACCUAAUCUCUGCAUCUCUAUGAUUCAACUUGUGUACAUAUUUGACCGUUGUGGUUGAUCAUAUCCUAUGAUUAUACCUUCUAAAACGUGUUCCCUACUAUGAGUGGGCCAGUAGUGUAUGAGCAGGCAAGAGAGGAGUCCUGUGUGACCUUCCCUGUAUGACCUGGCCACACACACAGACCGCCUGCUCCUUGCUCACUGUGGACAGAUUAGGGCCCAACCUGAUUAUGCUUCAGCCAUUUAUUUCCUGCCUGCAGUCUGUCACAAGAUUGAUUUGCCCAUUUAAACUCUAGAAGCCAGCACACCCUCCGAGCAAUAGGCCAUGUCAAAGGAACAACAGCUCUUCCCACAACUCCUCAAAAGAGACGGGCUAGAGCAAAACAACACAGUAAAGAGACGCGCUAGAGUUAAACAACACAGUAAAGAGACGGGCUAGAGCAAAACAACACAGUAAAGAGACGGGCUAGAGCAAAACAACACAGUAAAGAGACGGGCUAGAGCUAAACAACACAGUAAAGAGACGGGCUAGAGCUAAACAACACAGUAAAGAGACGGGCUAGAGCAAAACAACACAGUAAAGAGACGGGCUAGAGCUAAACAACACAGUAAAGAGACGGGCUAGAGCUAAGCAACACAGUAAAGAGACGGGCUAGAGCUAAACAACACAGUAAAGAGACGGGCUAGAGCAAAACAACACAGUAAAGAGACGGGCUAGAGCUAAACAACACAGUAAAGAGACGGGCUAGAGCUAAACAACACAGGAAAGAGACGGGCUAGAGCUAAACAACACAGGAAAGAGACGGGCUAGAGCAAAACAACACAGUAAAGAGACGGGCUAGAGCUAAACAACACAGGAAAGAGACGGGUUAGAGCAAAACAACACAGGAAAGAGACGGGCUAAAGCUAAACAACACAGUAAAGAGACGGGCUAGAGCAAAACAACACAGGAAAGAGACGGCUAGAGCUAAACAACACAGUAAAGAGACGGGCUAAAGCUAAACAACACAGUAAAGAGACGGGCUAGAGCUAAACAACACAGUAAAGAGACGGGCUAGAGCUAAACAACACAGUAAAGAGACGGGCUAGAGCUAAACAACACAGUAAAGAGACGGGCUAGAGCUAAACAACACAGUAAAGAGACGGGCUAGAGCAAAACAACACAGUAAAGAGACGGGCUAGAGCUAAACAACACAGGAAAGAGACGGGCUAGAGCUAAACAACACAGGAAAGAGACGGGCUAGAGCUAAACAACACAGGAAAGAGACGGGCUAGAGCUAAACAACACAGGAAAGAGACGGGCUAGAGCAAAACAACACAGUAAAGAGACGGGCUAGAGCUAAAACAACACAGUAAAGAGACGGGCUAGAGCUAAACAACACAGGAAAGAGACAGGGAAAGAUACUCUUGUACUGGUGUUUCCUUUCCCUGAAGGACAGAGUUGCAUUGAUAAGGGUUUAGUUUCAUUUUCAAUGCAGAUAUAUUUGCCCUGGUUAGAGAGUUAUAGUAAAUAUGCACAUGCCUACUAAGAUGGUUAAUAUCCAUAAAAAAAUGAUGAUAAGGGACUCAAGCAUCAUUUUAUCAUAUUAGUAGCCCUGUGCUUCUUAAAAGGAAGCCGAUAAUGUUUUCAAAAUCCCACUGAAUUGUAUUAAUCUUUUGAACUGUGCAAAAUGUCAGUCAUUAUAAUAAUUUCUUGUUGCGUAUUCAUGUGAAAGCACAAUCCUUUAGCCAGUUAUGGACCACCAGUGUUGAAGAAUCAUGUGUCCUGAACCAUUGUAAAUGUAGCUCAGAUAAUCCAAUCAAAGUGUGCUGAUGGCCAUUCAAUGUCCUGAUAAUGGGAUGUUAUGAAAGGUGACCGAUCCAACGCAUCUCCUCCGCUUCUCAGAAAACAUGAGGAGAAUUGGGGUCAGAGGUUCACGAGAAAAGACCAGCCUCUCGGCUCCAUCUGUCUGCCCUCUGAUUCCAAUGAGAAAAAAUAGCAUGUAUUGUUACAAAAUGGAUUUUGGCUCUUCUAAAUGAUGCUCUCUUUGGAUUCAUGUGGAGAUAAAUUACAGUGGGACAAGUGUGAAAAAAGCGUUCAAAAACAAAAUAACAUAACCCAGCCUUUAUUCUCUGUUGUUGUGAACAUGAUCAUGUUGAAACCCUUUUCUCUUAUCUUGCAGAGUGACUCAGACCUAUGACGCUGGCGCAUGUGUUUACUUCUACUUUGCCUUCAACUACAGAGGACUGGCGGAUCCAGUACACACAUAUGAACAAGUGGAGGUAAAUCUAUGGCGCACUCCAAAUCUGUACUAGUUACCCACUCAGAGACAUGCAUCAUAUCUGACCUGAAACUCUACCCCUGUUACCACUCAGGAGGAUAUAUACAACCAUAGUUAAGAGUGAUGAUAGUCAUAGUGAAAUAAUGGGUUAAUUGAUGCAUUGAUUGACGUGUGUUGUCUAUUGUCUGUUCCUAGCAUGCUGCCAGAGAGGAGAUCCUAGCCAAUGGAGGAAGCCUCUCGCACCACCAUGGAGGUAUAGUCAUGUGAACAUCCCUACAUCUAGCCGUUUCAGCAUGCUUUGGCACCGUUUCUUCAUAUCAACACCUACAAAUUGAUAAUAUUGACCUGGCUCCUCACUUAAAGAGGUGGAUGGCAGGGCAGUGGUUUAAAGUCACAUUAGGGUAGUCUGACAGGCGCUUUAGGUGUGCUACUCUAUGGAAGUAAGCAGGCACAGAGUCUUUUGAAAACCUCUGUUUUGGCUAGGAGGAGAUCUUUCAUUGCUUCCUUGGCGCGUCCAAACUUUCCCACAGUGCAGACAAAUGAGUCUGCCUUGGCUCUUUGUUCAUUUCACCACGGGGCAAAUGAAACGUGAGCAGGGGAGGGAGGGGAAAAACGACUCUGUGGUGCCCUAUCAGGACUAACCGAAAUGGCUACCUUACCUUAUCUAUAUUGGCAUCCGCCUGGCCGUUUUCAUACAUCACUUCAGGCUAUUCAUCAUGCCUGUCAAAAACAGCAUGCAGUGAAUCAGCUGCGAUAUUAAAUCACAAUUUCUCCUAAAGGUGGGGAAGGUUAAAAAUUAAAAGAUUGCUAAUACAAGAAGGCAAUGGGCCAGGGUAAAUGAUGCCAGUGUUAUCGCCCGGUAUUUACUGACCUCCAAACGGUGGGCCAGCCGGCCACCCGGGGCUGAGUAGGGAUGUGUGGGGCCGGGGGGAGAGGAGGGGAUAUUGAUGCAGCUUCUCGGUGCGAGGCCCACUCUGUAAUUGUGAUUAAUAACAGCUGGGUCUGCUAUCUGAGCGCGGACAGGCCGGUUUGUCUGCCCACAAUCACUGCGUGACAAAUGGAGCUAGUUUCACUGGGUUUUGUGUAUCAAAGAAAACAGAUGUAGUCUGGGAAGGCGAGGUGGGAGGCCACCGCAGGAAAUAUACAUUUUUCUAACCUGUGUUUACACCAGGUCAGGCUGCACAGGGUGUGUGUGUGUGGAGUGGCUGUGGGUGAGUGGUGUGUGUGGAACUCCCAAUCCCCAGUUCUCCACUACCCAUCCCUGCAGCUCAAUACACUCUGCUACAACACUCAACUACAUUUUUACACAAAUAUAUGUGGACUGGAUAUGACUGGUCGGUUUUAGUACAUUUUAGAAGUAAUCACAUAUCAUCCAUUCAUUACAAGAUGUUGUAAUGUUUUGUUGUUCUAGCCCCGAUGUUUAGCACUAGGUGGUCACUGUUGCAUCAGAGUAGAAUGUAAAAGGAAAUGUAAUGUUUUAGCAGGAGCAGAGCUGUUGAACACCAGUCAGGUUGAGAGUCAGAAACAGCACACAGCCCUGGUCCUUCAGACACUCACUCCACUGGACUUGGGUCUGUUCAUAUCAGAGACACAUAGGGCCACUACACUACCCUCUCUUUCAUGUCCUGGUCCCCAUUUGUCAAAACAGGCCAGUACACAGAGAGAUGGAGCGCUAGAGAGAGAGCGCGCUAGAGAGAGAGAGCACUAGAGAGAUGGAGCGCUAGAGAGAGAGAGCGCUAGAGAGAGAGAGAGCACUAGAGAGAUGGAGCGCUAGAGAGAGAGAGUGCUAGAGAGAGAGAGUGCUAGAGAGAGAUGGAGCGCUAGAGAGAGAGAGCGCUAGAGAGAGAGAGCGCUAGAGAGAGAGAGCGCUAGAGAGAGAGAGCGCUAGAGAGAGAGAGCGCUAGAGAGAGAGAGCGCUAGAGAGAGAUGGAGCGCUGAGAGAGAUGGAGCGCUAGAGAGAGAUGGAGGCUUAGAGAGAGAGAGAGUGCUAGAGAGAGAGGAGCGCUAGAGAGAGAGAGCGCGAGAGAGAGAGAGCGCUAGAGAGAGAGAGCGCUAGAGAGAUGAGCGCUAGAGAGAGAGAGCGCUAGAGGAGAGAGAGCGCUAGAGAGAGAGAGGCUAGAGAGAAGAGCGCUAGAGAGUAGGAGCGCUAGAGAGAGAGAGCGCUAGAGAGAGGCAGAGAGCUGGGCUAGAGAGAGAGAGCGCUAGAGAGAGAGAGCGCUAGAGAGAGAGAGCGCUAGAGAGAUGGAGCGCUAGAGAGAGAGAGGUAGAGAGAGCUAGGAGAGAUGAGGAGAGCGCUAGAGAGAGAGAGCGCUAGAGAGAGAGCGCUAGAGAGAGAGAGAGCGCUAGAGAGAGAGAGAGCGCUAUAGAGAUGGAGCGCUAUAGAGAUGGAGCGCUAUAGAGAUGGAGCGCUAGAGAGAGAGAGCGCUAGAGAGAGAGAGCGCUAGAGAGAGAGAGAGCGCUAGAGAGAGAGAGCGCUAGAGAGAGGAGAGAGCGCUAGAGAGAGAGAGCGCUAGAGAGAGAGAGCGCUAGAGAGAGAGAGAGCGCUAGAGAGAGAGAGCGCUAGAGAGAGAGAGCGCUAGAGAGAGAGAGCUAGAGAGAGAAGCGCUAUAGAGAGAGGAGCGCUAGAGAGAGAGAGAGCGCUAGAGAGAGAGAGCUAGAGAGAGAGAGAGCUAGAGAGAGAGAGAGCGCUAGAGAGAGAGAGAGCGCUAGAGAGAUGGAGCGCUAGAAAGAGAGAGAGCGCUAGAGAGAUGGAGCGCUAGAGAGAGAGAGAGCGCUAUAGAGAUGGAGCGCUAAGAAGAGAGAGACGAGAGGAGAGCGCUAUAGAGAUGGAGCGCUAGAGAGAGGAGCGCUAGAGAGAGAGAGAGCGCUAUAGAGAUGGAGCGCUAGAGAGAGAGAGAGCGCUAGAGAGAGAGAGCGCUAUAGAGAUGGAGCGCUAGAGAGAGAGAGUUGCAAGGCUCUCAGCUCAGUCUAUAGCAGGCAGGCAGCUUCUCCUGACCAUGUGACUCUAUAGAAUGCCGGCCUAAUGCCGCCAGUCAACUGCACUACUACAUAGGUCACCGAGUAGCGCAGUUGGAAACCAAGAAAAAUGAGUUUAAUUAGCUUAUUUUCCGUUCAUUAGCCAUAGCUCUCGUUGGUGUGCCGUCUCCCAGUGGUACACAGAAAUAUCCGCUGUUUCUAGGCCUCAGUGUUUCUCUUUCUCAUUCAUUUCCAAAGUAAGUGCCUGCCUGACUGCUGUAUGGCUAAACCCAGGGUAGAUUGAUUGCAAUAGCAGGCGAAAAGGAGGGAAAAUGACAAGAUAGAUGUGUAAAUUAUCACUGUGAUGGAGGCAAUGAUGCAGUCCCAGCACCUUCUGUUUUCUCUCCUUCCUGAGUGGAGGGAGGGAUGGAGGUGGGAUGAGGGAGGGGAGGAGGAGGGAGGAGGAGGAGAGAAGCCCACUUUGUUAGUUAUUGGGUAGCAGCGGAUUGGGUGACUGACUGGUCCCACUGUCACCAUCUGGGGGUGUGUGGUGUGUCCCCCCCUGUCUGUCCUGUCUUGUCAGGAGACGACCCUCUGUGGCCCCAUGGCUGAUUUCCAUCUGUAUACCCUGGCUGCUCCGCCUCGGCGUCACUGAUAACAUGGCGCCCGCCCAUCUCCCCAAGCCUCCCCAUGCUCCAGGUCUCAGUCGGCCCCCUUUCCUCAUCUCCCCCCGUUAACAUGGGAGGCUGGACUGGCUCUCCUCAAUGCCAGUGACGUAGAGACAGGGUGGGGCGUUUUUAUUUUGCUCUGUUAAAUUUGUCAGCGUACUCUUAUCUAAUCUCCGAUGGUUAUAUCUGUGCACUACCUGCAGUAGCUUGAGCUCCCAAAGUAUGUACUCACUCUGUUUCAGUGGCACCUGUUGAAGAUCAUUCCAUUAUCAGGGCCAUUUUUAGACUAGUGGAAAAAGAUAGAUGUGUGUACUUUUCCAAGAAAGUACGACCUUACGCUUGAUGUUUACCCAGAGCAAACAGACUGCUGGGUUCCCCCUCUUCAAAGGCACAAUCUCGCUUUCAGAUUGACUGGUUUCCUCAACUUCUUUUUUGUUCGUUAUUUACUUACUAAAUGAAUUGUGUGUUAUCAGACAAAAGGAGUGAGGUUUCUGUGACCUGUUGUCAUGAUUGAGAACAUUGUCAUUAUAAAUCUGAUAGUGGAUCGAAUGCUACUGUAGCAUUUUCAAUGUGGAGCAGCAUUUUUGUAAGUCCCAUGAAUGCUCCUUGUUUCCAGCCAUGCUCUGGUCAGUGUUAGGGCCUUGGUGUUGACUGUGUGCCAGGGACCAGUGAGAACCUGUCCAUCUCCCAGAGGCUCCAGACUCACUACUGUGGGCCUGGCAGGACUGGGGGGCUCUGAAGUGUGUCUGUCUGUCUGGACAGCUGGCAGAGCACUGGUCUGGGCACCCUGGCCAGGCCCGGCCCAUACUGUGCCAGCUCCUCAGCAGGAGCCUCCUCAUAGUGGCCUGCAGCCAGCACCAUGACAGAGGACCAUUGUGUCCCCACGCCACCAGCACAGUCAGUGGCCAGGGUCAGAAGGAAGGCGGUGUGUGUGGAGCAGGCGAGCGUGGCACACUUGGCCUUUAGGGCUGUGCUGGUCAGCCUGAGGAGAACACCCACCCCACACACCGUGGGGGGGAGGAGAAUGAUAAGGUAGUGGAAGCCUGCUCGGGGAACGAGUGAGUGAGGGAGGGAGAGCGAGGCAGAGCGGGGCGUGCAUGCGGCGGCCAGCCGGCACCUCCUCUCCUCAGGGAACACACAGGGCCUAAUGAGUUUGAUAGUCUGCUGGGCUCCAUAAAUCAUGCCAUGCAAAACAUUUCUCCUCUCUGAAUAAAAGCAUUUAUCACCCUCUGUUUAUUCACUCACUCUCACAAGAUUGAUUGGUUCCCAGCAGCCUGCUGAGCAAUCAGGCAUGCUGAUUUCUCCUUUCUCCUUUCUUUGUGUUUAUUUUUGUCUUCUCUCUCUCUCUCCAGUUGGGAAACUUCGGAAGGAGUGGAUGAAGGAGAGCAUCUCCAACGUGGGUGUCGGGAUGCUCAAGUCCGUCAAGGAUUAUGUGGACCCAGAUAACAUUUUCGGCAACCGAAACCUCCUCUAAUUUACUUCAUGCUUUGUUUUCCACCUUUAUCUUCACACCUUUUCUAACAGCCUCUCGUGCAAUUGGAUUAAUGGUUACUAAAAUUAGAAAUGUAAUGAAAAGAAAUAUAAAUGUUUUUCUCCUUCUGUAUGACUUGAAGAGUUGAGCUGUCAUUAUCAGAUGUGGUUCCAUUCCUAGCCUGUAUGUCUGGUUAUUGAGGAAAGCAUAAGCUUAUCACCUUUCACUUUCCUUGCAUUACAUUAUAUUGCACGUUGUAACAAUAAUCAUUAAUUAUUCAUUUUGAAGAUCAUUGCAUCAAGGCCUCAGUCCUACUAACUAUAGUACUGUAAAUGUGUACUGUUGAUCGUUUCAGUCACAUGUACAACACGCCAUAGGAAUGGCCUUUCAUGAUGCAGGCUAACUUUUGUGAUCCCGUGUUCGCCAUUUAUUCAUUAAUUAAUUGUUUCCUAGUAUUUUUGCCAACUUCAUUAACUACAUUUUUAUUUGUACACAUUGUUUAUUCACCUGUGUUUGGCACUACUUUAGCAGUAAGUUUGAGAUGAAUACGCUCUCUAUAUCCCUGUGCCUUUCUGAAGAUGUCUGCCUUCUCCCUUUCCUCCACACAUACUCCACGUGCAAUGUUACCAACUGUGGAAGCUUGACUGCUUUGUCUUUUUAUGGCAUCCUGUUUCUUCCCUAAUAAUGUCCAUGCCUUCAUUAGAGAUUUCUCUUUUUCCAGUUGGUCUUUGUUUCUCAACUCAAGCCCUCAUGCCUUUUUGUUAUUACUUAGAAUUAUUCAUUAUUGCCGCAGGAUAUGUGUAUUUUGUUUGGAUCUAAACGUGUACCUACCAAGGAGGAUUUACAUUAUGCUUGAAUGGUGCCUCUACUGAAAAUGGACCUCAAGGUUCAAAUGUCCCUACCCUAAAACCUUAACCAUUACGUUUAAAAAACGGUCAUUGAAGAAACUAGGACAAGGUUAGAUGAUGCACCUAUCAACUCAUAUUUUUUGUUUUUUAAUAGAUUUUUCUGUUUUAGAUUUUAACCUAGUAUGUUCUUUGCCUGUCAUCUAGAGAGUUCAGUUUGUGGACAAAGCCAAUGUACUUGGAUCAUACAUGCUUUAGUGUUAACAGGUUACAGACGACUGAAUCCCAAUGCCCAUGUUUGUACCAAAGACUUUUCACAACCCUUUCACCAUACAGACCAUGCAAACAUACUGAAUGUAUAUGUUUGUACAUGCUGUAUAUUUAAAUAUAUGGGACAUGAAUACAUUUAGUAUUACAUUAACACUUACAGUACCAUUCAAAAGUUUGGA